GGGAGAGUCGCCAAAGUCCACCGCCCGCGCGCACCGCCCGCUGUCACCGCCGGGAAGCGUCGCCAAACGCCCCUCGGAGCGUCCAGGGACCACCCCGGUCCGGAAGUGACGCGGAGCCCACCACGGCAGACUUCGGGGACGGUCGGUGGAAACGUGGGGCGCGGGGAGGGCGCGGGCCCCGCCCGCUCCAGUCCUCCCGUCCGUUGCGCAACUCAGGGCAUUUGCAAAAACCACGUCUGGGAGGACUUGGCCACAGCGCGGCGAACGGGCACCUUCGGGGAGUGUGGGCAGCGGCGAAUGAAUGAACGAGUGAACGAAUGCACGCCCGCAGGAGCGCGGGGUCACCGCGUAGUUGCGGGCGCGCCUUCCGGGGCGCCGCGGUAGAGGUAGAGCCCCUGCGCUCGGUGACGGGCCGGCACUUUGCAACCGCUCCCUAAGCCCGACCCCGCCUCCGCUCCCCGCCCCAGGCCGCCGUGGCGCGUUGCGGGGCGGGGCGACUGCGCAGGCGCAAGAGCGUCCGGGGCGGGCGUGACCAGGCCGCGUGCGCGCGCGCGCAGAACCCCGGAGCUGGAGGCCGCGUCCCCCGCCGCCGGCUGGACUCGGCUAUGGGUUCGGUGCAGGCCGCAGGCUCGGUGCGCGCGCGCUACCUUGUGUACUUCCAGUACGUGGGCACCGACUUUAACGGGGUCGCGGCCGUCAGAGGCACUCAGCGCGCCAUCGGGGUCCAGAACUACCUGGAGGAGGCCGCCGAGCGGCUGAAUUCCGUGGUGCCGGUCAGGUUCACCAUCUCCAGCCGCACGGACGCAGGGGUCCACGCCCUGAGCAACGCGGCGCAUCUGGACGUCCAGCGCCGCUCAGGCCGGCCGCCCUUCCCGCCCGAGGUCCUGGCCGAGGCCCUCAACACCCACCUGCGGCACCCGGCCAUCAGGGUCCUGCGGGCCUUCCGAGUGCCCAGCGACUUCCACGCUCGCCACGCAGCCACGUCCCGGACCUACCUGUACCGCCUGGUCACUGGCUGUCACCGGCCUGAUGAGCUGCCGGUGUUUGAACGCAACCUAUGCUGGGCUCUCCAGGCAGACUGCCUGGAUGUGGCCGCCAUGCAAGAAGCUGCCCAGCACCUCCUCGGCACACAUGACUUCAGCGCCUUCCAAUCGGCCGGCAGCCCGGUGCCAAGCCCCGUGCGAACGCUGCGCCGUGUCUCCCUGUCCCCAGGCCAGGCCAGCCCCUUGGUCACCCCCGAGGACAGCAGGAAGCUGCGGUUCUGGAGCCUGGAGUUUGAGAGCCAGUCCUUCCUGUAUAGACAGGUACGGAGGAUGACCGCUGUGCUGGUGGCCGUGGGGCUGGGGGCUUUGGCACCUGCCCAGGUGAAGACGAUUCUGGAGAGCCAAGACCCCCUGGGGAAGCACCAGGCACGUGUGGCCCCGGCCCAUGGCUUAUUCCUCAAGUCAGUGCUGUAUGGGAGCCUCGGUGCUGCCUCCUGCGCCCUGCAGGGGCCACAGUUCGGGAGCCACAGAUGACCCUGGACACUUGGCAAAGUCAGGCCACACCAGGCCCAACCCUGUGUUGGUCAAGCAGGGCAGUCAGCCGCUUGGGGCCCACAGCACUGCUGCCCAGGUCCCACCAGCCUGGAUGCCCCUCUCUAUCCUAGGCGGGAUGGGGUUCAGUGCAGGACACAGCCAUGUACACCAAGAAGAGGGUAACAAGUAGUCUUUUGUUCAGCUUUUACUGGAAACUGCUGUCCGGGACUCCCUACCGUAACCAUCGUUUGGGGGUCCAGGAGCAGGAAUAAAGGCAGGACAGCCCGGAGGCCAGUUUAUUUCUUUAGCUGGAAACAGCUGCCGGAGUGGGCACAUGACACAUGGUCUC